AUGCUCGCCGCACACACUGACCAGGAGAAUCUUGCCGCUGCCCAUCGCCAGGCCGCCGCGGCAAAGCCGCUCAAUGCCGGCUCCAGAGCAUUCGGUGCAAAGACGCCCGCCAACAAGCCCCCCAAGACGCCCUUCAGAGUCCCGCUCAACGACGAAAAUGGGACCAUCCGGGCGGGCAAGGCUGCAUUGAACACUUUUGGCAACGGUGCCGAAAGUCAAUUGCUGCCCACCGGCAAGAAAGGCGCCAAGGCAGACAGCAAUGCCUUCGUCACGCCUGCGGGUCCCCGCACGCGUGCCCCAUUGGGCAUGAAGACGACCAAUGCCAAGGCAGCUGCCUUCGCCACGCCUGCGCCGCAUACGGAGCCAGACUCUGGUGCGAAGAGCAGCGGCCCGCGCCUGCGCCGUCCCAAGGUGAAGGUCCACCAAGCUUCCCCGGCCGUAGAGCUUGCCCAAGAUGAGGAACGCGACAUUGAAUAUAUGCCGCCGCGGGAGACCCCGCUUCCCGAUGACCCUGAGGACUGGCCAGCUGAUAUGAAGUACCCCCAACUGCAGGGAAAGAAUCUGAUGCGUGGCGUCUACGAAGUCUACUAUGACCCGGUCGAUGAUGAUGGCGUGCGCCUUUCUGACAGGCGAAUUGCCGAACAAAAGGCCAAAAUCAACGCCAGACACGAGGCAUUGCUUCAGAAAAACAUCGAGGAAACCCUCGGACCAUUGACUGAUGAGGAGCGCGAACUUUUCGGAUUCACUCUUGCACCAAAGCCCGCACCCAAAUCCCAGCCCGGUGCAGUCCGGCCGGCAAGCGUUGCAAGCAUUUCCAAGCCUACCGCCGCCAGCUCUCGCCGGCCAUUGAGUGCAGCUGCAGCCUCCAGGCCGGCCGGUGUCACCUCUCGCGCUGUUGCCUCCGCGCUCGCAAAUGCUCCCGAGUCCACCGCUUCUAUGCGGGCCCAUGCGCGCUCCCGCUCUGCGCUGUCUGCCACUGCGCCCCCGGCCACUGCUCAGCCUCGCCAGAGGCCCAUCGCACCAGCCGCACCGGAACCUUCCAACCCUUCCAGUAUGAGGCACCAGGCUGCCACCGCUGCCUCACGCACGACUCUAGGCUACGGAAAGGGUCGGACGAUCGGAACUUCUGUCCGGAAGCCGCUGGGUACAUCAUCUGGUAACCAGCAGCGCUCUAUCUCCCAGGGAACCACUGGUCUCGGCAAUUCGAGUGCCCGCCCCGCAGGACCGGCACGUUCCCGUUCAGCUUGGUCGCGCCAUGGUCCAGACAUGACGCUCGCAGCCGAUGUCCAGUCUCGGGACGAGAACGACGACCCAGAGAUGGAGAUGAUUCGAGAGAUGGCGCUCCGGAACCUCCGUCUGAACGAUAGACUGGAUGGCGAUGACUGGUUUAGCCAGGCACAGGCUGGUAAUCUUGCGUUCGAUAUUGCUGAUGAGGAAGAAGACUUCCAAUUCACGAUCUCUGAAGAUUGA